AUGCGCUCAUCGUCCAAAUCGAUGUCCACCGGGCCCUGAAGGUCCACCUGGAGAAAAAGGAGAACCUGGAGGCUUAUCCAGGCGAGCCAGGAACACCAGGUAUUCCCGGGGCUGCCGGUAUUGUUGGAAUCUUAAAUCUGCCGCAACCAGGCUGUGUACAAUGCCCAGCUGGGCCGAUAGGUCCACCAGGCCCUGUUGGGCAACCAGGUGAGAUUGGACGUCCUGGGAAACCUGGUGCUGAUGGGAAACCUGGAAGAGACGGUACACCAGGGCCACCGGGGCCACCGGGCGAUGUCGGUGAACCAGGUGAUACGUUUGUAUUAUAA